AUGGAGAGUCUGAGUCGGUCCUGCCUGUGGCUGCGUCAGGAGUUGUCGUCCCCGCGUCCACAGCUUCUGCUGCUGGACUGCCGCAGCCGGGAGCUGUAUGAGUCGGCACGCAUCCGCGGGGCGCUGAGCGUGGCCCUGCCCUCGCUGAUGCUGCGCCGCCUGCGGAGAGGGAGCAUGUCGGUGCGGUCGCUCUUGCCUGGGCCACCACUGCAGCCUCCCCCACCGGCCCCUGUACUUCUGUACGACCAGGGUAGUGGCUCGGGCCGGCGUGAAGCAGCGGAGGCUGAGGCUGAAGAGUGGGAUGCUGACUCGGUGCUGGGCAUCCUGCUCCAGAAGCUUCGGGAAGAAGGCUAUCCAGCAUACUACCUACAGGGUGGCUUCAGCAAAUUCCAGGCCGAGUGUCCUCACCUGUGUGAAACUAGCUUCAACGGUCGUGCUGGCUCUGGCCUGGGCUCAAUGUCUAGCCCAGUGCCUGUGGUGGGGCUAGGUGGCCUGUGCUUGAGCUCUGAUUUCUCUGAUGUAGAAUCUGAGGCUGACCGCGACACCUUGAGCUGUGGCCUAGAUUCUGAGAGCACCACAACAUCCCCUCCAGCUGGGCUGCUACCACCCUUCCCAGUCCAGAUCCUGCCCAAUCUCUACCUAGGCAGUGCUCGAGAUUCAGCCAAUUUGGAGAGCCUGGCCAAGCUUGGCAUUCGCUAUAUCCUCAAUGUCACCCCCAACCUUCCUAACCUCUUUGAGAAGAAUGGUGACUUCCACUACAAGCAAAUCCCCAUCUCAGACCAUUGGAGCCAGAAUCUGUCCCAGUUCUUUCCGGAGGCCAUUGCAUUCAUUGAUGAGGCCUUGUCGCAGAACUGUGGGGUGCUCGUCCACUGUCUGGCGGGGGUCAGCCGCUCUGUCACUGUCACCGUGGCCUACCUCAUGCAGAAGCUUCACCUCUCACUCAACGAUGCCUACGACUUGGUCAAGCGGAAGAAGUCUAACAUCUCUCCUAACUUCAACUUUAUGGGGCAGCUGCUAGACUUUGAACGCAGCCUGCGCCUGGGGGGAAAGCGCUCUGGGGGGCGGGGCAGUGGGGGACCAGAGUCCACUGUCUCAGAUCCACCUUCCUUCUUUACUACCCCUACCAGCGAUGGGGUCUUUGAGCUGGACCCCACAUAA